CCUUCGCUCCUCAACUCCACUCCACCGCCCUGCGCACUUUCGAAUUGCCAGUGGUUUGCAGAGCGCGAUAAGGGGAAGACGAGUUUGGCUGCAAACCGUCUUUUCCUAAGGCGGACAACGAGCCCAGUCAACAUCAAACGCCCGACUCCUGUCUAGGAACUCUAUUCUCGAAAAUGGUACUCGGAACUAUCAAGUGCGUGGUUGUCGGUGACGGUGCCGUCGGCAAGACAUGUCUUCUCAUCAGCUAUACGACGAACAAGUUCCCCUCGGAAUAUGUGCCGACAGUAUUCGACAACUACGCCGUCACGGUUAUGAUCGGUGACGAGCCGUACACGUUGGGGCUGUUCGAUACGGCCGGACAAGAGGAUUACGACCGCCUGCGCCCGCUCUCGUACCCCCAGACCGAUGUCUUCCUCGUCUGCUUCAGCGUCACGUCACCGGCGUCGUUCGAAAACGUCCGCGAGAAGUGGUUCCCCGAGGUACACCACCACUGCCCCGGCGUGCCGUGCCUAAUCGUCGGCACUCAGGUGGAUCUGCGGGAGGACCAGCAGGUGGUGCAGAAACUGAACAACCAGAAGAUGUCGCCGGUGAAGAAAGAGGACGGCGAGCGAAUGGCGAAGGACUUGGGCGCGGUCAAAUACGUUGAGUGCAGCGCUCUGACCCAGUUCAAGCUCAAGGAUGUAUUCGAUGAGGCUAUUGUUGCUGCACUUGAACCACCCCCGCCGAAGAACAGCAGGACCAGCAAACACAAAUGUCAGAUUCUCUGAUACGGGUUUGGAGCAUGUGGCAUGAUGGUCAGUC